ACGUUUUCUUAUCAACCAAGCUAGUCCGCCAUUUUGUAUAAAAAGUGUAUGUGAAUUUGCCGGGGAUUAUUUUAGGGCCCCAAUUCCGUGUGUGUGUGAGUCCGGUGUGAAAAUGUCGAUUGAAUAUUUGCAAGUAGCCGAGGAUGAAGGAGAAGAACCGAUCGAGCUUCCAACGGAAGAUGACGGAACGCUCCUUCUCAGCACGCUUUCCGCCCAAUUUCCGGGUUCUUGCGGUUUAAAAUACAGAAACCCCGAUUCGAGGGCGAUGCGGGGUGUUAGAUUAAGCGAGGGCCGUUUACAUCCGCCCCCCGAAAUCGGUUGGGGAUCACAAAUAUUCUACUGCGUUUUCCCUAAAGAGAAUAAGAGAAAGAGUGAUGAUAAUUUGGAGAAUUCAACCGCGAAAACUAAAAGAAUUGAGAGUAAGUUGAGAUGUACGGAUUUGAUUGUGUUGGGUUUACCGUGGAAGACUGCUGAACAGAAUUUGAGGGAGUAUUUUGAGACGUUUGGUGAAGUUUUAAUGGCACAGGUUAAAAAAGACGCUAAAACUGGCCAAUCGAAAGGAUUCGGUUUCAUUCGUUUCGCAUCUUAUGAAUCUCAAAUGCGUGUUUUGGCCCAAAGGCACAUGAUUGACGGUCGGUGGUGUGAUGUUAAAGUACCCAAUUCGAAAGAGGGUUUAAUCCAACAAGUUCCAUGCAAAGUUUUUAUUGGACGUUGCACGGAAGAUCUCACCGCCGAUGAUUUACGAGAGUAUUUUGGAAAAUACGGCGAAGUCACCGACGUUUUUAUCCCAAAACCUUUCCGCGCAUUCAGUUUCGUCACGUUUUUAGACCCGGAGGUUGCUCAAAGCUUAUGUGGGGAGGAUCACAUCAUUAAAGGUGUUUCGGUGCAUGUUUCAAACGCAGCCCCGAAAUCGGAAACGCGUGGAGGGGGCGGAUAUGGAAGUGGUGGGCCUCGCCCGGGUGGUCACGGGGGGAAUCGCGGCCCCGGGGGCCCCGAUGGGCCUGGGAUGUAUCAACAAAGAUAUAAUCCAGGGCCGAAUCAAGGAAAUUGGGGGAAUCAAGGGCAUCGAGCUAAUAUUGAUAUGCCUAAUUUGCAAGCUUUAGGUAUAACGGGUCAGGGGCAACAGGGAAGCACCCAAACGAGUUGUAACCCCCUCGGAUUAGCCGGGUUGAACCUUGGGGCGCUCCCGAUGAAUCCCGCGCUUGUCGCAGCAGCUUUAAACCAAGCCGGAUGGGGGUUAAUAGGAAACUUGCAAAAUCAACCGGAACCUAAUUUUAAUCAGGGAUUUAAUAAUCCACCAAAUUCAAACAGUGGUAAUAACGCAAACGGUGGUAAUCAAGGUGGUGGAAAUAAUCAAGGUUUUUUGAAUUGGAUGAAUCAGGGUCAAGGUCAAGAUGGUCAAUGGCCGAGGCCCCCGCCUCAGCAACAACAGGAUAAGGGUUUUUUAAACUUGGAAAAGAUGCAAUCGAAUCAGAAUUACCUCCAUGAGUCGAAAGAAUAUUAAAGGAUUAAGAAGUGGAUUAAAAUGAUAUGGCGCAAGGUAAAUUUUUGAUUGUUUUAGAUGGAUUAUUGAAGGUACGUUAUUAACUCAA